AUGGCAACCAAUGUUAGCAACGAUGCUCGAGUGACGUUGAAUGUACUAAAACUUAAUUUAGUUUCUCCUUUCCUUUUUCGAAAAGAGAGCGAACAACUAUCUUUUAACGUAUCAAUUGUCAAACAUGGUACGAAAGGGAGCUGCAAUCGAGAUAUCGUAAAUUCAGAAACUAAGCAACUUCUUAGACACCUUCUCUAUCCGUUUUCCUCAAAGAAUACACAGUACAAGAAUCUUGAGGUUUAUGUUUAUUCAUACCUCGGUUUCUCAAAAAAAUUGUUCAUUAUUUCUGAUAUCACACAUUCAUUGCUCUUUGACUUUCCCAGUUUCAUCAAGUAUAUAGUUUGUACAAUUUUGAGUGGCACUGAUGGCAAUAUUCUUAGACACCCUCGAGAAUCAGUGGUUUAUCGAACAAUCUUUGUUGAUCCAUCAAGUAAAGGUAAUUUUACAAGUAUCCAAUCCGCCAUUGACUCCGUACCUUCAAACAACAAUAAGUGGAUUUGUAUAUACAUCAAAGCUGGUAUAUACAGAGAAGCGGUGAAAAUUUCUCAUGACAAGCCAUUCAUCUUCCUCAAAGGAGAAGGAAAAUGGAAAACUUACAUAGUUUGGGAUAAUUAUGGUUCAAUUGAAACAAGUGCUACUUUCACCUCUGAUGCAGACAAUAUAAUCGUCAAAAGCAUAACAUUCACAAAUUCUUACAACCGUCCCUUUGAGAACUCUAUUAACCCAAUGAGGACAGCGGUGGCAGCAAAGAUAUCCGGGGAUAAAUCGUCCUUUUAUCGAUGUGGAUUUUUGGGAUUGCAAGAUACUUUGUGGGAUGUUAAAGGUAGACAUUACUUCAAACUUUGCAGUAUCCAGGGAGCUGUUGAUUUCAUUUUUGGUUCCGGCCAAUCCAUUUAUGAGAGAUGCACAAUAUCAGCUAUCGCAGGCGCGCUAAAUGGUUUUGCGGGAUACAUAACAGCUCAAUCAAGAACGAGCCCUUCUGAGACCAAUGGCUUUGUUUUUAAAGAUUGUAACAUAGUUGGGAAUGGAAAGACAUUCUUGGGAAGAGCAUGGAGAGACUACGCUCGUGUCAUAUUUUAUAACACCACAAUGUCUGGUAUUGUUGUUCCUCAAGGAUGGGGUUCUUGGGUAGUUUCAUCUGGUCACGAGUACCAAUUAACAUUUGCUGAGUAUAAAUGUCGUGGAGCUGGAGCAAAUAUUGCAGGGCGCGUAAAGUGGGCGAACAAGUUGAGUGCGAACGAGUUGACUCGUUUUACUAGCAUGUCUUAUAUUGAUGAAGAAGGAUGGAUGAGCAGACAAGUUUUCAACAUGAUGGACUAAUGGAGCAACAAUUUAAUUGAUCUUACAAUGUUUUUUCUUUAUUAGGACAUGAAAUCUACCAUCCACCCAUGUGU